GCACAUCGCCUGUGCACCACCACCACCACCUGUAGACACUGCACAUCGCCUGUGCACCACCACCUCCUCCUGUGCAGGGUGUUACAAUAAAUACACAUUCAAUGGAAGCUGCAUCCACUGAUCGUUCCACAUCUCGUGAGGGCCGCACUAGAAAAUGGAUUACGAUCCACAAAGAGCUGCCGCUAUGAGUAAUCCCCCUUGUGGUCUCAGCAUGUACACACGGGCACACGCACGCGUUACAUUGCAAUGACAGACCAGAGACUACAGCCACGAGGUCCAGUCUGAGAAGUCUCUUUGAAGUCCGUGCGCGCUGGCAAGAUACAGGGAAACCUUGCCGAGCGCGGUUUUAUGGAACACGUUUUUGGGCACGAGGCGGUGUGCCUCACGAGUUUUCCGGGACACGGGGAUGAUGUUUCGGCUUUAGGUGGUUUGUCGCGGCUAUGAUUCUCAUCUUCGCGUCGAAAAGUCCGGCCGUGAGAGUGCUGUAUCCUUUGGAAGGCGUAAAUGAAUCGACUGUGACAACUAUUUACCACGUGUGCUUUUUGCAUGAUAAUGCAACACUCGACACGAUCAACGGCACAACCCAAAUGCUCACAUUGCCGCAUGCAUGUAGCGGUCCACACAUUGAACAGAGAGGGCGGGGGUGACAAUUUCAAACGCAGGUACACAACUCUAUAUUUGCCAUGAGCUCUCUUAUUUGUCGAGCGCGGUGUUGCCCAGCACGGCAUUUCCCUGGAACGUAAUCGCCGCGUCCGGCAAUGUUUGUUCCCCCUGUCCUACACACCAGGCAUCAGCUCAUGCCGCCCCAUGAGCCCGGAGAGAAGGUGAUGGGCUCGCUGCAGAUCAUGGGAGCUUCUCCCUGGGCAAAGAGGAUGGAAGGAGGAAUGAACUGUGGGGAGGAUGAGUCCCCCGGGGUGACGCUGGAGACGAUCGGCACAGUCACCAUGUGUCAGGACGAGGAUGGGAACCUGGUGCUCAGCUGCAAUGACGAGCUGCAGGUCAGGGAGGGCUCGGAGCCGUCCACCAAACGGAUCUGCCUCGUGGCGGAGCCCAACCCGGCGAUCGGAACCUCACCCGCCGCUACAGGAGGCACGGGCAACUUUGUCAUGGCGGCGCCCCCCGGGUCCGACUUGGCAGCGAGCAGCGCGGCCCACUCGCCCACAGGGAACGCCGCGAGCGUGGGCAGCCUCGCGGACAUGGACGGCCUAAGCAUCGAGCCAACUGGGGCUGACCCUGUGAGCCAGACCUGGUUCACAACCAAGGAGGACAAGGACUCACUCUACAUCAAAGGUCACAAGUGGAAGCAGGGCAUGUGGUCAAAAGAAGAGACCGAUCUCCUAAUCAUUAACAUCGAGAGCUACCUGAAGGCCAACAGCAUCGGCAACGCGGCGGAGGUCAUAUUCGAGAUGCCCAAGGAUGAGCGCAAGGACUUCUACCGCACGAUCGCGCGAGGGCUCAACCGCCCGCUGUUCGCCGUGUACCGCCGCGUGCUGCGCAUGUACGACAACCGCAACCACGUCGGAAAAUACACAACAGAGGAAAUUGAACAACUGAAAGAGCUUCGGGCCAAGCAUAGGAAUGACUGGGCGGCCAUUGGCUCAGCUCUGGGCCGGAGUGCGUCUUCCGUCAAAGAUCGCUGCCGGCUCAUGAAGGACACCUGCAACACAGGGAAGUGGACGGUGGAGGAGGAGCAGCGUCUGGCGGACGUGGUGCACGAGCUGACGGGCACGACGCCCGGGGAGGCGGUGACGCAGGGCGUCUGCUGGGCCGACGUGGCGGAGCGCGUGGGCACUCGCUCCGAGAAGCAGUGCCGCUCCAAGUGGCUCAACUACCUCAACUGGAAGCAGAGUGGCGGGCGCGAGUGGACCAAGGACGACGACAUCGAGCUCAUCCUGCGCAUCGUGGAGCUGAAGCCGCGGGAGGAGAGCGAGAUCAACUGGGAGAAGCUGUGCGACGGCUGGAACAGCGUGCGCUCGCCACAGUGGCUGCGCAGCAAGUGGUGGACGGUCAAGCGGCAGGUGACGACUCACAAGGAGGUGCCCUUCCUCGACCUCCUCGACUACCUGAGCCAGACGCACAUCCCCGUGCUGCGUCAGGUGGUGCAGCGCGUCCACCCCACGGGGGCCCCCGCAGGCUCCCCCGGGGCCCCCACUGCCCCCGUCUGCCUGCGCCUGCCCCGCGGAGAGGGCAGCGCCCUGCUGCCCCAGACCACCAUCGCCACGCUGCAGAUCCCCGUGCAGAUCACGCAGACGGGUGAUUCUGGCGAUGGAGAAACUGUUACAAUUAACGCAGCCGCUCUGCAGACGUUUGAAAUCUUACCGUCGUUCCACCUGCAGGCGACGGGCGCCCUGUGCACGUUCCUGCUGCAGGCGGGCUCCGCCCCGGGCCUUCCCGUCACGCUGAGCGGCGGGGGCCCGGCGGUGACGCUCGUCCCCACCGGCGGCCCCCCUGCCCCCGCGGUGUCGCCGCCGCCGUCUUCCGCCGCCGCCGCCGGCAUCCCCGAGGAGGGGCAGGUCGUGAUGCACGCCGUGCAGCUGCGGGACGGCGAUCGCCAGCUCCAGUUGCAGGAUGGUCGCAGCUCUGCUGUCGAGAUGCCGCACGGCUCUCGCGUCAUCAUCCACGCGAUGUCACCCGACGGUGUCCACACCGACGUCCGCACCAUCUACCCAACGGCUCCCGGCGACACAGACCUCAUGCCGCACCCCCUCGCGUCGCCUCCCACCGGCAUCGUCGCCGCCGCCGUCACCGAUGAAGUCGAUGUCAUCUGCCCGGGGCACCUGUCGUCCCCCGGCGACCGCGAGCUCCCACUCUUGGUGGAGGAAGCCCUCGGCACGGGCAGCGACGACGGAGAGAAGGAGGCGGUGGAGACGGCAAUGCAGGCGGUGGGGGCGGGCCGCGAGGCCGGCCUGCACGACGACGAGGAUGAACGAGCGACGCUCAUCGCAGACGCGGCCGAGUUCGUCAGUCAGGAGUUGAGCUGCCCAGAUGGGGACCCGGUGCACGACGGCUCCAUGGAGACGGCCAUGAUGGCGGUGAUAGCGGGAGGGUCGCCACCCUUCCCUCCUGCCGGGGACGACCUCGACGAUGUCUCCGUGCUGCCACUCACCACGCUGCACGACCCCAUCCUGCAAACACAGUCCGACGCCUCAAACAUCACGGGCUCAGCCCUCAACAGCCCCGAGCACGGCAGCGAGAGGGAGGCAGAGGAGGAGGAGUGACUCGCACGGAGCACGGCCCCGCGUUGAGCCCAGCAGGCGCGCGCGAAGGCCCCUUCUACGAGGAGGGCUUUGUUCCAGACCACGCACUUCAAGGCCCUUUGGAAAACAAGCCAUGCUGACGAGCCCCCGGGGCUCCUGUUGAAAACUGCCGUGGAAUCGGAUCCAGCGGUUCCCUUGCUUGUGUCGAGUCUCGCGGCGAAACGGAGGCAUGGGCUUAAAGGACAACGUGAAUGCUGCCGACGGACGGCGUUUAUAUUCGGUAACUUAUUGCAGUGGCCUCGGUGCCAGUGACAGGUCGAUGGCCACACUUGCGUUUUAUGCAUAGUUGUUAUUUUGUCGCGGGUUUUCGCCGCGCACGCACCACAACGUCUUCCCCAGGUCAGCGCGAGGACGCGUGCAGACCAC